UCACAGCUUAGAUAUAUCCAACUAACAGCAAACAUAAUCAUCAUAUAUGGCAGAAAAUAAGAGCAAGAUAUUGAUCAUAGGAGGAACCGGGUACAUCGGAAAGUUCAUUGUAGAGGCAAGUGCAAAAGCCGGACAUCCCACUUUUGUGUUGGUCAGAGAAACCACAACCAAACAUCCUGACAAAUCCAAGCUUCUUGACAACUUCAAAAAUAAUCUUGGUGUCACACUUCUUAUUGGAGAUAUUCAUGAUCAUGAAAGUUUGAUGAAUGCAAUCAAAUUAGUUGAUGUUGUGAUCUCAAUGGUUGGUGGAGAAUUGAUAGGUGACCAAGUCAAGCUCAUUGCAGCUAUUAAGGAAUGUGGAAAUGUUAAGAGAUUUCUACCUUCAGAAUUUGGAACUGACGUGGACCGUGUCACUGCGGUCGAGCCAGCCAAGAGUGCCUUUGCAAGAAAGGCAGCCAUCCGAAGAGCCAUUGAAGCCGCAGGAAUCCCACACACAUUUGUAGUAUGUAAUGGUUUUGCGGGAUACUUUUUACCCACCGUGGGCCAAAUGAACACUUACACAGCCCCUAGAGAGAAAAUUACCAUCCUUGGCGACGGAAACCCGAAAGCCAUUUUUGUCAAAGAAGAGGAAAUAGCUUCGUGUACCAUUAAAGCAAUUAAUGACCCGCGUACCUUGAACAAGGUAUUGUUUUUCAGACCCAAAGGCAACACGGUUUCGUUUAACGAACUUGUUUCCAUUUGGGAAAGCAAAAUCGGAAAGACCCUCGAGAAAACAUAUGUUUCCGAGGAACAACUACUCAAAAACAUCCAAGAGGCCCCUUUUGGCUUAAGCAUUGUAUUGUCCAUAAUGCAUUCUGUUUUGAUCAAUGGUGCUGCAACAAACUUUGAAAUCGAACCGUCUUUCGGUGUGGAGGCUAGUGAGCUCUAUCCCGAAUUCAAGUUCACCAGCGUCCAUGAGUAUCUUGAUCAAAUUGUCUGAAGUCUUUGUUUCGUAUAAUCGAAUAAUUGUCUACUUUAUGUAAUUCAUCUUACGAGCCGUUUGGUUUGUGUAAUGCAAUGAAAUUAUAAUUGGAAAUUUUUACCUUCAAAA